GUUCACGUCAUUUCAGGUCCAGGGUGGAAAAGUUGCAGACAGAGAGAAAAAAAAGUUUUGGCAGAAAGUUUGGGAAUGAUGAGAAGUCGGAAGGGGAAAGGUGGACAUCGCGGGGAUGAAAACUCCAGCAGGUCUGAGAGUAAGAAUGUGGCGGAAUCUCCCUCGGCUCCAGCCGGCGUCUCCUUGCUGUGGACCUUCCUCCUGCUGCUGAUAGCUUGCGGCGGCGGCGGCGGCUUUGGCUGCUGGUACAUCCAGCAACAGCUCCAAAGCAUCGCCAGCCUCGAUCAGACCGUCCAAACUCUGCAAAAGAAGCUGUCUCAGUUCGAUACGAUCCAGGCUGAAGUGAAUGAGUUGAGCCAGAAGUUGUUGACCACAGAAGAAUAUGAACAAAGGUUGUUGAAUCUCGAAGUUGCUCAGUCUGAUUCAGAACGUAAAGUGGAUAAGACAGUAGUAGCUGUGGCACAGAUUCAGGCCUCUGAUCUGGAAAGUAAGUUGGCUUUUCUUCAAACAGAAGUGAGUGAGCUCAGGAAGAAUUUGCUAACAAAAACUGAGUUGAAGCAUGUGGAGCAUACAGUUGAACUUCUCCGAGAAACUGAAUUUCCAAGGACUGAGCAGCAAAUUGCAAGUGUGAAGUCUACAAGUUCAAAAUUGGAAGAAAGUGUAAACUCGCUUUCUGCGUCAUUGUCAAGUUUAAUGGAUAGAAUUACAAGCCUAGAACUUGAGAGUCAGGACCUUCAAGCUUUUCAGCAAAGUGCUGAGGAGAUGAAUGCAGUCAAAGACUUUGUGGACCAUAAUCUUCCUUCCCUCUCCAAUGGUGUAACUGCAUUAACAAAACAGUUAAAUCGGACAACUCUGCUGACUGAUGCUAUUCAGUCACAGGUAGCACAACAUAGCAAUGAACUACUGGGACUUAAAGAGACUGCUUCGGCCCAACAAGCAGAAUACCUCUCCAAUAAAGAAGAGCUGCAAAAUAUCAGGGAACUGACCUAUCAGUUACAAAAUGAGAAAAUCUCCAUGGAAGAACUCCGAAAUGCAGUACAAAGUACUGUAGCUGACGGCCUUAGCCAGCUAAUAAACAGAAAUGAUAAAAUGGAUGAAAUGAUAGCCAACCUACAAAAUCACAUCACAGAGGUUGCAAGUAAUGGGAUUAAUCGAAGUAAACAGCUAGCAGAUGCCUUGGAUCAAAGAGUUCAUUCUGUGCAAAAAAACUUGGAGAAGAUUGAAACAGCUCUUAAGAGCACUGUUGAGCAGUGUCUUUCAGGUGAAGUAAGAACUUAUUGUGAAACUGCAGACAACUGUGCUUGGCCACACAUCCGCGAAGUUAACUUCCCUCAUCGCAUAUUGAAGGAUCCUGUGAUUGUGCUGAGCUUGUCUGAAAUCAGCUCAGUUGAUUCAAUUGGAGUAACAGUAAAAGCUGUUGAUAUUACAGACUCUGGCUUUAAGAUCCAAGUUAAUAACGUUGGUAAUUAUAAGCUGUCAACUGUGAGAGUAAACUGGAUGGCAUGUGCAUAACAUAAGUGGCUCAAAAUCUGCAAACUGCCAUGAGAAUUGAAUCCAGUUGACUCACCAACUGCUCAAAGAAUACAUGGAAAGGAAAAUGUUUUGGAGACUAAUAAUCAGUAGGAAGACUCUGCUUUUCAAAGCUUAUUGAAUUAAUUCAAUGAAUGGGUUUAAAAUUAAUUAUUACCGUAACUGACAUUCUACCACUGCAAAUGGAUUGAAUGUAAAUAUAUUUCCAUCAGAAUAUUGGUAAGUGCCACACUUGAGGAACAAAUCUUCACUUUACAAAAUGGCAAUUUUAAAAUAAGAAUACACAGCUAUGUAGUGUACGAAUAUUAGAAUAACGACACCAUGCUUGGGUUACUUAAGGGAUUCAUGUUUGGUAGAACAAUCCAACAAAUUGCUCCAUAGUUGAAUGCUAAGGCCACAGAAAAUAACUCCUAAGAGCUGUUCUGAGUAAUCUCAAAUGUAUAUUGUUAUUCUGCUCUUUAUUUAUUUCGGAGCUGAAGUUUAUUGAAAUGCUGACACUGAGAAAGAAAAACGUAACCAAAGAUUUUUAAUGUUAUGCUGAAAUUUCAGGUUGCAGCAUGGGGGUCUCACAAAUGAGUGAAACUAUAAGGGUUGCAUCUUCAGAAUGAAUAUAAGAAUGUUAGGAUACAGUACUAAGCUCUCAAGCCAUCCCAUUAGAUCCUGGUUUAUCUAUAAGUAAACUGUCUUUACCCCAUAUACCUUGAUUCCUUUGUUGAAUAAGACUUGAUAAUACAUCUGUCUUGAAAGUUUUAAUUGUUUCAGCAGCUGCAGCUUUUUACUCUUUUUUUUUUUAUUUUAAUUAAACAUACAAAUUUUUACUAUCAUUUGUGUUUGUGGAAAACAAGUCCUUCCUAACUUUGCUCCUAAAUGGCCGGUUUCCAAUUAAGAUGUGGCCUUUGUAAUAUUAUUGUAUAAUGAAAUAGGGUAGAAUCAGAAACUAUUAAAUCUAUUUAACUCUUUAAAUACCUCAAUCAGAUUACUUCUCAAAUUUAGGCUCAGGGCAAUAUAAAUCAGGAAGGCUGUUAUGGUGUGGUAGUAAUGUCUGUCUCUCUAGGUAGGAAGGUAUGGGUUUAAGUCCCGCUUGUCCCGAAGGUGUGUUAUAACAUGUCCAAACUGUUUAAUUAAAACAACUUUCCUUGAGGUGCAGUGCACAACAUUAAUGCAGCACUCCAAAUGGACUCUGACCACGGCAAAACAAAACUUAAUUUACUUUAUUUGUAUUCCAGCUGACUUGAGAUAAAGGUCAGUACUCCAUUUGCCUGUUUGUUUGCUUUUUAUACCGGUCUGUUACUUUUUAAUAAUUUGUGCGCUUGGACUGUCUAAUCUCUUUGCUCAUCGAAAAUUUAAUGGCUGACCAUGUUUUAAAAAAAAUACUGAGUUUGUUUGCUUUUGGAGUGAAUGAUGUUACCCUCGCCCAUACCGAUUUGGUUAAGUCAGCAAAACGACAAUUUCCCUUUUCUUCUUUGUACCUUUCAUACUCUCGGUCCUAUUUACUGCCCCUCCUUGGCACUCCUCUGCAAAUUUGAAACUGCAUCUUUCCAUUCCUUCACCCAAGGUAUACAAAAUGCAGUAAAAUGUUGAGGCCAUAGAAUAUAUCCAUUGAAACAUCACUCAAUACACUUGUACAUAAACUCUAACUGUCGCAAUCUUGGGUCAGUAUUUUGUUGGAGAUGACCAAUCUCUCAGUUGCUGGCAAAGCCUCUUUAAGGAAAUGCCUGCUGAAUUAAAUACCGCUUAGGUACUUAUCUAGACAAUUGCUGGCAGCUCAAUUGAAAAGUAGCACCACUGGGAGGAUGGUGGCUGUUGCUAGUAUAACACUCUGAGGCUUAGUAUUGUUGCUGGAUUCCAGUUCGGGUUGAGUGAUCAUGGGAAGUGGUUUGAGGGAGAUUUCAGUGAACCCAUCCCUUACCAAUGCUAAGUUGCAUGACUAGGCACUGAAUGCCUGUGCAUAAACGAUUCCACCCACCCCACCCCAGGAGCUUGUCAUGCUCCACACAUGAGAAUCCCUGCACAACUGCUGAGUUAAUACCAACAAUGGUGGAAUGAAAUCAUUACAUGGACAUUAAUUCCCAUGUCAUGGACUUGUCCCCGGAGACUUAAUGAAGGAGGUGUCACAGAAAUAGUUUGCUUGUCAUCCAGCACACGAAAUGCCCUCCUUGCAAACAAAAUCACCUUUUGGGGAGUGUAUUAAACAACUGCCCUUGGUAUCUGACCUCUCAAUCUCCAUUACAAGUCAAAAGCUACUUCUGUUUAAAUGUACUCUCAUUUUUGCCUAUGCAGCCAUUUUGAUGUGAAAAUGCUGAAGUACUACAGUGAAACUUUAGUUGUCCAACGUGCACCAGGAAUAAGUGAUGCUGGUUCAUUUUAAAAAAAAAAAAAAUGCCUUUUAACAGAGUCACGUAUUAAUCUGGACACAAGACAAGGCACUGUCUUGAGGGUAGAAGCAUCUGGGCUAGCAAAUAUCCCAGCACAACAUGGUAUCACAGUAAAACCACAAGAAAGACCAGGCUGAUGCCACAAAUUACACCAUGACCUUGAGACAGGCUUUAACAAAAAAAAAGCUGUCAUUCUCACGACUGUUCCUCCGAGGGGUGUUUCAUUGUUCAGGCACAAGAACAAACACUGAUCCAAUAAUUUAAUAAUUUCAGUAUAAAGCCAAGUACAAUGUUUGCAGACUUUUUUUUUAAAAGACUACAUUAUUGGAGCACUGCAAGUGACUGGCUUUAAAAAAAAAUGUAAUCUUGACAAUUUCGGGUACAAGAGAAUUUUUGUUAUUACAGCACUGAAUAAACAGUUUACUGAAUUUAUAUACUUUUAAAACUGAACUGUGAGCAGUUUUUUGUUUUAACUUAAUUGAUAUACAUGAUCAAUACAUCUAGAUGGAAGUACUAGUUUGAUCACCAUACUUGUUGUUCAAACUGCCAGGUGACCAGCUGUUUGAUCAUGACAUGCUUAAUGUGUUUAAAUACAUUAUUCGUGUGAUUUUGAUUUCUUUCACAAUACAGUCAUUAUUUUCUACCUGCA